GAAGCGUCCAAGGUCACAAAUCAAGCACACGCAACACACACACACACACACACACACACACACACACACAUGGACGACGGGGCGGCGGAGGCCGAAGCGCUGCGGCUCCGUCUGGCCGCCGUCGCCAGGAAGUGGCUGGAGGACCCGCGCGCGGACUACGCCGGCAAAAUCACCGACGCGGCCAGCCAAAAGGGGCACGCGCUCAACUCGCUGGUGCUGGCCGGCGCACGCAUCUCCCUCUCCGAGCACGGCCGCGUCGUGUGCUCGUUCCACGUGCCGCCGCCGCUCACCGACUCUGACGGGACGUGGCACGCGGGGGCGCUGGCGGCGGCGGCGGACAACAUGUGCUCGGCGGUGGUCUUCACGGUGGUGGGCGCGCCCACGUCCACCGUCCACUACGGCCUGUCCUACUUCUCGCCCGUCGCGUGCAACGAGGAGGUUCAGUUGGACGGGCGGGUGGUGGGCCGGAAAGGGAAGCUCACGGCCGCCGUGGUGCGGGUGCGGAAGAUGGGAUCCGGCGAGCUGGUGGCGAUAGGGAGGCAGUGGAUGACCCCUGCCUGGCCAACGAAGAGCAACAAAAGUAGGAGCAAGCUCUGACACAAGUUAAAAUGUCGUCCGAUCGAUGAUUUCAGAUUUGAGCAUCUCCGUUCAACAUAAUAAAACAAAAGAAAAUCCAUUUUACUAAUGCUCACGCGAGUGAUUGCUUCUUUGAAGUCUAGUUCAGAGAAGAAAAUGCAACUUGCACUUUUCAACGGAGUGAAAAAGCGUCAUAUACACUUCUCACUACGCAGUUGCACCUUUCGGCAGCGACUUAGACGUACUACCUCUGUUAACUUUUUAUAAGGCAUUCUUAGAGUUUAAUAUGCCAGUGAAAAUUCAAAAAAUAUGCUGAUGUCAAAAAACGUCUUAUGUUAGUAGUAUUGAGUUUGGGAGAUAGUACAGAAAAAAGCAUUUCUCAA